AUGCUCGUAUCCCUGCAGGAGCAGGAGCUCUGCCGACACCUGCGCGAAUUGCCGCGACGGCACAACUACCGCUAUACAGAGGAUGCUACCCGGGAGCUCCAGCAGAUUCUCUUCCAUUCCCUUGCGGGGCGGGGUGAAUAUCUCCCGCACCUCUUCCCCCACGGCCCACCUACCGACCCAGAGAAACCAUGGAGCUUGCGCGAUGCACAAGGCGCCGUAGAGGGUGCCGAAUACACCGAGGCAGCACGGGGAAAGCCAUGUGGACAUAUUUUCAAGAGCGGAGAAGCUACAUACCGGUGCAAGACGUGCACUGCAGACGACACCUGUGUGCUUUGCGCGCGAUGCUUCGACGCCUCAGAUCAUGAGGGACACCAGGUAUAUGUCAGCGUGUCCCCGGGAAAUUCAGGCUGUUGCGAUUGUGGAGACGAUGAAGCAUGGGUGCGGCCUGUACACUGCAACAUCCACACUGCUUCGUCAACGUCCGAGGCCGAAGCCGAAUCAGCAGGAAAAGCAAAGGAAGGAUCGGCGUUGCCUGAAGAGCUACUUGAGAGCAUACGCAUGACCAUUGCUCGAACACUCGACUAUCUUAUCGAUGUCUUCUCGUGUUCGCCGGAACAGCUACGGUUGCCCAAGACGCAAGAAUCUAUCCUAGAAGACGAGCGCUCGUCGCGGUUGACGGCGAAGUGGUAUGGUCCGGGUGACCAGCCAGAGGAACACCAGGAGUUCUGUCUUGUAUUAUGGAAUGACGAGAAACAUACAGUACAUGAUGUGCGAGACCAGGUCGCGCGGGCAUGUAAGCAGAAGCUGGCAUUUGGGCUUGCCAAAGCCCACGAGGUCAAUGAUAUCGGCCGCGCUACGGUUGUCACAAGGGGGAGCAUCCCAGAUCUCCUGAAGAUGGCGAAGAUCAUCGAAGAUAUCAAGUUGACCGUCACUAUCCGGUCAGCACGCGACACAUUCCGAGAGCAUAUGGGCGGUGCUAUCGUUAACUGGAUUUCCGACAUUGCCGGAUGCAGCGUUGGUGAGGACAGUCAAGUCUUGCGUCGCACUGUAUGUGAGGAGCUACUAAAGCCUUGGCGCGUUGGCAGCGAAGCUACCAACCAAGUCAUUGGCAAGAAUGGUCUUGACGAUCAUGAGAUGGAGGAUAAAGAGGCUGAGAUGGAAGGCUUCUAUAUCCGUUACUUGACCGCACAGCGCCGUGCGCAGAUCGCACAAUUGAAUCGCCAACGCACCGCAACUAAUGACGGUACUCAAGCUUCAGAUGCUGAUGAGGAGGAAGCCGAGAGCGCUGCUGAUACUGGUGACGGAGAUGAGGGCAUGGAUAUUGAUGAGACGGAUCGAGAUGGAGACGUGAACAUGGAGCCUGAAGAUCCAGUCUCUUUGUUGGUACGGCUACCUGUCGGCAACACUCUUCCCCAAGGCGGCGACCUAACGCCAGCGGAGUCCGACAGUGAACCUACGAUAGGGGCUCCAGCCCUAAGCCAUGUUGAGCCAUCGUUGCCUGUUCCAGAGACGCCCCGGACGAAGUCGUUACCUUUACGACCUAUGCGACCUCCCAGAUACUGGCUAGAAAAACCGGAAAGUUACGGCAGAACGCCCGGAACCCCUGCACAUGAGGAUCUUUGGCAGCGACUACGUCUCGACCAUCUUAUCCUAUACGAUCUCCGCAUGUGGAAACAGUUACGGAUAGGUGUCCGAGAUGUCUUCAUUAGCACGGUUGUGACGAUACCGCAAUUCAAGCGUCUUUUGGGGCUACGAUUUGCUGGGGUGUACACUGCACUGGCACAACUAUACCUCAUCGCAGACCGAGAGCCAGACCACUCGAUCAUCAACCUUUCCCUACAGAUGCUCACUACACCUUCGAUAACAGCGGAGAUCGUGGAGCGAGGGAACUUCCUCACGAAUCUCAUGGCCAUCUUGUAUACUUUCCUCACGACUCGCCAGGUGGGCUACCCUUGGAAUGUAGAUCCCAAGGCGACUCUAGCCUUUGAACAAGGCGCUGUGACCAAUCGUCGGAUGUAUCAUUUCUUCCUUGACAUGAAGUACCUUCUCGGCUCGGAGCAUGUGCAGGGCAGGAUCCGCGAGGAUGAACGCUAUCUGUUACAGUUCCUGGAUCUUGUCAAACUGCACCAGGGGAUCUGUCCAAACGUUCGUGCUGUUGGGGAGCAUCUUGAGUACGAGACGGAAGCUUGGAUCAGUGCAUCUUUGAUCACACGUGAGAUCAACAAGCUUUGCCGACAAUUCUCGGAAGCCUUUGUGUGGAAGCGCGAGGACGACCCCAGCGACAUCCGUCGAGCUAUCCGGGCCGCCGCCAAGGUUGCUAUUGUCAAUUCUCUUGGCGCUGAACGGAACCGCUUUGACCAGGCUGAGCUCAAGAGCGAGACCCGUUUCAAGACUCUGGACUGCCUUGAGUUCGAUGCAGAGCCAUCGAGCUUGGUGGGUCCUUCUUACCGGAUAGUGGACUGCGUCGUGGCACAGGAACCGAUGAGUUUCCACCAUGCGCUACAUUACACAGUAUCAUGGCUCGUCGAUCGCGCCCGAAGUAUGCCCAAGGAGCAUCUUCUAGGCCUGCUACUCUUCUCUCAAGACGAGUUGCAGGAGGGCAAGAAUGCUCUAGAAAGUCCUAUACCGGAGUACCAGCCAGAAGAGUAUCUGCUGGCCUUGUUUGACUUUCCGUUGCGAGUGUGCGCUUGGCUUGCUCAGAUGAGAGCCAGCAUCUGGGUUAGGAACGGCAUAACUUUGCGGCAUCAGAUGACGCAGUACCGCAGCGUCUCGCAGCGCGAUGUGUCUUAUCAGCGCGACAUCUUCCUCUUACAAGCAGCGCUUGUCCUAUGCAAUCCAUCGGUCUUUCUGGCAAGCAUGGUAGACCGAUUCGGUGUACUUGGUUGGAUGAGCGGCAAGUACGAGGCUGUUCACCAUGGUUUCGAAGACACACAAGCUAUAGAGGUCGUCGAAGAUUUCGUCCACCUUCUGAUCAUUCUGCUCAGUGAUCGAUCGUCGCUCAUUCCUUUGAAAGACGAAGUGGAACCCCAAAUCGCGUUGAUACGCAGGGAUAUUGCCCAUGUUUUAUGCUUCAAACCACUGUCGUACUCAGACAUGACGACUAGGCUCUCGGAACGGGUACAGAAUGCCGAGGAAUUCCAUGACGUCCUUGCCGAUACCACCAAAUUCAGACCACCAGAAGGUCUAUCUGACUCUGGAACCUUUGAACUGAGAGAGGAGUACAUCGAGCUCGUCGAUCCUUACAUGCAUCAAUAUAGCCGUAAUCAACGUGAAGAGGCAGAGAAUAUAUACAAAAACCACAUGGCGAAGAAGACAGGGAAACAAGCAGUAGAAAUCGUCUUCGAGCCCAAGCUGCGACCUAUAACCUCCGGCCUUUUCCAGAAUCUCUCUGAUUUCACCCGCCAGCCAUUGUUUAGUCAGAUCAUAUACUACCUAUUAGGAUACGGAUUGAUGUCUUCGACUAGCACUCCUAACAUACCUGGCACCCGCGUUGAAAGCUAUAUCCAGUUUGCCCUCCAGCUUGUGCUUGUUGCUGUCCUGGAAGACAAAUCAGCACAGCAUGAGUGGUCGCAGGAUGCGCCUGAAUCCUUCGUCACCUCAGUCUUGACCAAGCGUGCCAAUUUUGGAUUGCCUGAUCAUCCGACAAUCUUCUCCAUCUUAAAGAGCCUGUCGGAGAAAGAAGACUUCAAGACCUGCGAGCCUAAGAUCAAACUCAUCAUGCACCGCUUGAAGCAACGGCAGCCAAAUACGUUCAUCAUCGCGUCCGCUGCCCUGAACAUGGCUGCUGAGCGUAUGGACACCGCCUCCCCUGCCACAAUCACUCUUCAAGAAAAAGAGUUAAAGAAAAAGCAGGCCCUCGAGAGACAAGCGCGUGUCAUGGCGUCUUUCAAGGAGCAACAGGGCCAAUUCAUGGCAAAUCAGGACUUUGACUGGGGAGAGGAAUUCAGCGACAUGGAGGAAGAGACUGAUGUACCGGCUGCGGAGCAAGAGAAGGUCGAGAAAUAUCCUAGUGGAACAUGCAUUCUGUGCCAGGAGGAAACGAAUGAGCAGCGCCUAUAUGGAUCCUUCGGCUACGUUUCGCGCAGUCACAUAUUGCGGCAGACAAAGACAUCCGAUGUGGACUGGGUCGAUGAAGCUGUAGACAAUCCGGUUAGCCUUGAUCGCUCGGCGGAUGCUGUACGCCCCUUUGGCGUUUCCGGAAAGAAUCGGCGUACUGUCGAGAAGAUUACGUCCAAGGGCGACAAGGUUGCCACAGAACGGCAAGACCUAGGCAAAGGUUUCCCGUGCGAGUACACACGACCUGGUCCCGUGUCUACGGGUUGUGGUCAUAUCAUGCAUUAUGCAUGCUUCGAGGUAUACUUGCAAGCAACGCAACGAAGGCAUGUCAGCCAGAUCGCGAGGAACCACCCGGAGCGACCUGAGCACAAAGAAUUCAUGUGUCCACUAUGCAAGGCGAUGGGCAACGUCUUUCUGCCAAUCAUCUGGAAGGGAAAGAAGAUAGCUUACCCUGGUGUCCUGGAGACCGUUUUCUCCUUUGACGAGUGGAUCAGUUCGCAGCUUCUAAAGGCCAUUGCUGAGGCAGACAGGGAUUCUCCUGACGUAGAGGGUGAUGGUAGCAGUCUGUCCCACGCCCAGAAGUCGUUCUACGAGUACGGGAGGGAAAGUUUUAUACAACCGAUCGCAAAUCGCCUUCUUGACGUUAGCAGCCCGACUUUCAGCUCAUUACCAGUGCCUCAGUCUUCUACGCAACCACGGUUUCAAGUACCAGCGUUCUUGCAAAACGACGACCCUCGAGAACCUGUUGUAAUUCCCCCGGAGCCCAUCGGUGCUGCUGCUGCUGGGGCCGUCUUAGGAGCUUCGAACGCCUCAUUUCCAAUGCUCGAGCUUGUCAAGGUCUACUUGCGCCUCAAGGAAUCACUAAGCGUCAAUGGGGCUUAUUCAGCUUUUACGUACCCGAAAAACCCCACAGUGGCCAUAGAAGAACUUUCUCACACUGACGCUUUGGCAGAGGUCCUCGGCUACUCUAUCUCCUCGGUUGAGAUUGCCCAGCGCGGGGUGCAGUCAGAUUCCAUGCGAGGAACCCUGCUCGACAAGAUAUCCCCUCAGUCACUGACGCACCUUCGAAUUUAUUCUGAAACGGCGUCUUCAUAUAUUUCAGUCGGAGGUCUACGUUACUCUCACGCCAAUCACACCUUGAAAGAGGUAGCACGUAAGCGAUUCGAGCAUCUCCACCAGCUUUUCAUUGGUCAUCCGAACAUUUUCGAGUCCGAUAGCUUGCCCUACGAUCUUAAAGACAUACCGUCGCUGUUGAGCCAGGACCCAUUUACCUUCUUGUGCGAGGUCUCGAUUUUUGCAGUACCGGAAAUCAACCAAGACAUCCACCACGUUCUGCGCCUGUGUUACCUAGCUGAGCUAGUGCGCGUUGCCAUUGCCUUCGCUGUUGAUCGUCCCGAUUUGCUUGAUGAAUAUGGAACCGAUCGCUUUAUUAACGCCGAAAAGGUCAACCACGGCACGUUCACCCCAGAUCAGCUCGACGGUCUUCUCAAGUUCGUCUGUAUCGUUCUGAACAUUUCCCGUCUCGGCAACUCGCCGGUUCCUCCAGACUUCAACAACGUACCAAUUCCAGACAAAUUUCGGGAUCCGAAAUUUCUCUAUAGUAUCUUCACAUUGGCAUCGACGUAUGCGCUACCAUUUGUACGCAAAGCCGCUAUUCUUAUGCAUGUGCGUUAUGGCGUCGAACUUCCUCCAAUUGCUUUCGACCGCGUCGACGAUCCCGAGCUAGACCGUCUAUCGUCGCUCUUGAAGCUCCCGUCUCUACACGAGAUGUUCGCCUCCUUGUCGAGCAAUACCCCCGCCGGCCACACGACACGAUCUGUCGUUGGAGGCUGGCUCCGCCACUUUCUUUGGGCUCGCGAGGGGCACUACAGCCCCGCGCCCAUCACCCUCUCUCAUCCCUCCAUCUUCGAGCUCGUCGGUCUCCCCAAGAACUACGACACUCUUACUGACGAAGCCAUCCGUCGCCGCUGCCCCGCCACCGGCCGAGAACUCACCGACCCCGCCCUUUGCCUCUUCUGCGGCGAAAUCAUGUGCUCCCAGGGCGUGUGUUGCAUGACGUCCGACUCGCGCGGUGGGUGUAAUCAGCACCAGGCCAAGUGCGGCGGAAAUAUCGGGCUAUUCAUUCAUAUACGCAAGUGCAUGGUGCUUUUCUUGAACGAGGAGCACGGCACGUGGUACACAGCGCCAUAUCUGGAUAAGCAUGGAGAGACGGAUCCGACACUGCGCAGGCACCAUCAGCUUUUCUUGAAUCAGAAGAGGUAUGAUGUGCUGCUGAGGAAGGUAUGGCUUGAGGGGGGCGUGCAGAGCUUUAUCGCGAGGAGGUUGGAGGGGGAUAUCAAUAACGGGGGAUGGGAGACGCUUUGA